CUGACUGCCUAUGAGGAUGACAUCACUGGCUAUUCAGUGACACUGGAGAUGGAGAAUCCUCCUCCUCGUGAUCCCUACAAUCUCACUGUCUCCAGAGAUCUCUUGGACUCCACCACCAACCAGACAUGGAGCCUGCCUGGCCACUCCUCUGAGUUCUUUUUCCCUCGCUACACCUUCCCCGUGUGGCUGAGUGUGAGAGCUGAGAGCCCAGUGGGUCCCGGAGCUCCCUCUCCUCUCCUGCAGUACUCUCCUCCCACCUCUUCUGGCACCUGUACCACGACUGAAAGUAUUGGCUCCCUCAGUAGAGAUGAUGCUCUAUUCACUAACUGCUCAGAUACAGUGCUGGUGAGAUUAUUGUUAGGAGAAAACGAUGGCAGUGGAGGAGCCACUGGAGAUGUGUUCAUUCCUAUAGUAACAGAGACAGGAAUAAGCGUUGUUCUGGGACCAAACCUUCUGAACCCUCACACCCACUACACUGCCACCCUCUCCUUCAGUCACCAACAGUCUCUCUCAGUAAACUUCUCCACUCACCAUGUGCAGAGUGUGAGUAUAAUGGAGAAGGCACACGGACUGCUGGUUGAAUGCAAGUUUGCUGAAGGCUCUCCUCAGAACACCACAUGUACAGUGGUAGUGGAGGGAGAGAAGGGAAAAUUGAUGAAUACCUCUAGAGGACCUCACAAAUUUCCUGAGCUCCCUACUGGGAUCUACAAUGUGACAGUGUAUGAUGGUCCGAUGGAUGGCCAGGAGCCUGCUGUUGUUAGAGUAGUAGCGGUCUCUGGAAAGCCAAAUGCUCCAAACCCUACGGCCAGUGACACUGAAUCUCCUAUGAAUAUAGGGUUGAUAGUGGGGAUUGCGGUGAUGGUGUUGGUGAUUGUGAUAGGGAUCUGUAUCGGUAUGGUUUUAGCAGUGCUCUAUAUCAAGAAGUGGAGGCUUCCCCGUGCAGUCAAGAAGAAGGAGAGUAAAGAGAGUAAUCUACCACCCAGAGUUCAGCUACCAAAUUUGAAUGGUACUGGACAUUCUAAUGACAUAGAACUAACACCUAUGGGGAAUCAGCGGAAUGAAGUGAGAGAGAGGGAGGAGACGAGGGAGAGUGAGUUGUCGGCUGCAGGCAAACCUACACAGGAGGACACAAUGGAGACGAGGAACAGGGCUAGACAACCGAUAGAAGCCAAUGCAGGCAGUAGUAGUGGACCACAGAACCUGCCUCCCAAACCACAGAGAACUGAAAUAAAGAGGUCACAGGUGUUCAAUAGAGUAGAAGGUCGUCCUCCUUCCACUGGAAAGGGACGUUACAAAGACCGCGAUCGCAGCGACCGAGACAGAGACGGCAAGCAACCGGGAGGCAAUAAUUACAGGAGCCAGUCACGACCAUCCCCCAAGCCUCUCCGUAAACAGGCUCCGCCUCCUCCACCCACCCCUCCACCGACAGACAAGACUCUGAGUACCAACACGACCAACAAUCCCAGAUCUGACCCCAACUCUGGCCCCUCCCUCUCCACCACCUCCUCUAGUACCAACAAGGGGGCGUCCCUGUCGUCAACAACCUCUUCGUCGAGCUCAACCAGCGGGGCAAAGACUGACGGCAGGAGACUCAGCUAUGCACAGAUGGCCCCUCCACCGACAGACAAGACUCUGAGUACCAACACGACCAACAAUCCCAGAUCUGACCCCAACUCUGGCCCCUCCCUCUCCACCACCGCCUCUAGUACAAACGAGGGGGCGUCCCUGUCAUCAACAGCCUCUUCGUCGAGCUAACUAAAUUUUCUCUGAUGCAAUAGUAUCAUUGUUCUUGUGUGCCCUUAUUCGUGUAAUAGGAAUGUUGCAAGAUUAAUAUUCAACUUUUUUAACUGGUACUUGAGUGCCCUUAUUCGUGUAAUAAAAA